CACAAUUGUUCCUAGUACGGUUACCUAAACACCUUCUAUAAAUACCUUUUAUUCCAACAUUUCAUAUCAUUUCAUAUUUAAUUAAUUAAUUAAUUAAUUAAUUAAUUAAUACAUGCUUGUUGAUUUUCCCGCAACAAUUACAACCAGAGUUCAGAACAAACACAAGGAUUUACAUCUCUGAAAUGGCGGCCAAAAUCUACAUCGUUUACUAUUCAAUGUAUAGCCAUGUCGAGAAGUUAGCAGAAGAGAUACUAAAAGGAGCCUCGUCUGUUGAAGGAGUUGAAGCAAAACUCUGGCAGGUACCCGAAACACUGUCUGAGGACGUGCUUUCAAAAAUGAGUGCACCCCCAAAGAGUGAUGUUCCGAUCAUCACACCUAACGAGCUUGCUGAAGCAGAUGGGUUUCUUUUCGGUUUCCCAACUAGAUUUGGUAUGAUGGCAGCUCAAUUUAAAGCAUUCAUGGAUGCUACUGGAGGACUUUGGAGAACACAGCAACUUGCAGGGAAACCUGCAGGCAUCUUUUACAGUACGGGAUCUCAAGGUGGCGGACAGGAAACUACCCCGUUGACAGCCAUCACACAACUCACCCACCAUGGAAUGAUCUUUGUUCCAAUCGGGUACACAUUUGGAGCAGGCAUGUUCGAGAUGGAGAAUAUCAAAGGAGGAUCACCUUACGGUGCAGGAACUUUUGCCGGUGAUGGAUCAAGACAACCUUCUGAGCUUGAACUCGAGCAAGCUUUCCACCAGGGAAAAUACUUUGCCACCAUUGCAAAGAAGCUUAAGGGUGAUGCUUGAGCCUUAUUACUAGUAGAUACCUGCAUAUUGUUUUGUGUCAUAUAAAAUUAAGUACUUUGUGUCAUAUGAAUUGAUGUAUUUUGUGUAAUAUAAAGUAUGUUGUUUGGAAAUCUGGUACUUGAUUGCAUUGUCAAAUACGUUUGUUUCGGUAUAUCCUUGAUUUGAUCUGUAAGAAUUUGCUCAGCCUAAGUAUAUAUGUUGCAAAAUUGAACAAAAGAA